AUGACACUUUUAAGCUCAAGCUACACUUUUAAAGCACCCCCCCUCCUUUCUAUGCGAUUCGAUACGAUAACCUCCUUUUAUACCUUUCGAUACCACUCACAACUCGACACAUGGUCCCUUUUUUUUAUACAUUCUCUCCGAUCGGUUAUUCUCUCCGAUCGGUUAUCUUCUCCGAUCGGAUGUUCUCUAGAUCAAUCUAUUUCAAAUCUUACAUCUAAUCGUUCGGACUAUUCUCAAUGUUCCUUGGUUCACUGUACCCUUUCUAUUUUCGAUUUUUUUUUUUCUUUUCUUCCCAGCUUCGAUUUUUAG